AUGCACGUGGCAGUGGUGGCAGCAGACGCAAUAGUGCUGCUCAGCAUGGUGUGGACCUCAGCCUCUCUCUGCUCACCCACUAUUUUUUAUAGAGACUGCUGGAUCCGUCGCUUCCCGGGACUUCUGGUUGACCUGGAGGAGUCUCAGAAGAUGGGAGCUCAGUUCUUGAAGUAUUAUUCUGAAAACACUGGCCAGAAAUGCAGUAGGAGCUGCUGUCUUAGGAAGGAUGUUGCCUGUAACGUGGCCGUCUUCUACCACGACCCUAUUCACGACAAUGUCAACUGCCUCCACAUCCACUGCCCGACACUGGAGAGCUGCAUCUUAGAGCCUGGAACCAGUGCCAUUCUGUACAACAUCACAGAUGGUAUAGAUCCAGAUUUGCUGGUUUUUGGACAAUCACCUUCCACAUAUCUAAAUACCCGUUCUUCAUCUAAUAGAUGGGACAGACUAAGAAAUCUAAAAGCUAUGAAUUUAGAUCAACAACAAACCACCAUGAUAAACCACAUGCUGCCAUCCACAGAGGCCCCAUCAUUAACCACACACCAAGAUUUGGUUGUAAACACAAGCAGUACCAGUUAUUCCAAGGAAUUAACCACAGAUUCUUGGGCAAGAUUCAUUUCCCUGAAUGAGUCCAUUGCCACGGAGGUAAAUAAGGUGUCACCCAGUGCUGAUUUCAACAAUCCAGAUAACAAGACUGUUUCUCCUUCCUCUGUGCCCACAGACACAAAGCUUUCUCAUAGGCCCAUUCCAUCCCCACUCAACAGCAGCAAACAGUUACUGAACAAAACCAACGCGUACAACAGCAGAAACGACACAUCUGAGAACGAAGACAAAACACCGGACGGGGCGUCUGUGACUUCAGACACGUGGCUGGUGCCUGUGGCCCUGUGUGCCUCUGUCAUCUUUCUUUGCUGCUGUAUCGUCAUCCUGGCAUCUGGAUAUUAUAGGAAGAAUCAGGGCCAGUACAAACCAGGACAGAGAAAGUCAGGAUCCAGGCAAAUGAAAAAACGUAAGAUUCUGAAGGAGAACUCCUAA